UCUUACCUCCCGUACUCACUGCUCCCGUCCCGUUGCAGGUCCGCUCUGCCUGCGACUAUGGCGGACGAGGAACCCGAGAUAGAAGCGAAUGACGAGCUGCAGCAGUUUCUAGGCACCUCUUCUUUCGGCAAACAGACGAGACAGGCGAACUUCGACAAGCAGGUCGCACUGAGUAAGCGCGCCCGGGUAGGAAACAGUGGAGCUGCUGCUGAAAGCCGUAUCGAAGUCGACCGGGACGAGGCUCAGGACGAAGACGAAGGAGGCGGCGACAACCAUGACCACGACGACGACAACGACGACGACGACGAUGAUGACGAUGAAGAUGAAGACGACGAUGAUGAGUUCCCGGUCUCUCACGAGAUGAUCAUCAAAACGCACGACCGCGCCGUUACUGCAAUAUCACUGGAUCCCGCUGGAGGCAGGCUGGUUACGGGGUCUAUGGACUGCACGCUCAAACUACACGAUUUCGCCUCGAUGACACCUACGACUAUAAGGGCCUUCAAGUCGAUUGACCCGACUGCGACGAAAAGCUCGGCGAAUGUGGAGACGCACCCUGUGCACCAAGCGCUCUUUAACCCGCUAUCUGCAGGCCAUAUUUUGGUGGCCACGGCUCUGCCCCAAGCGAAGAUCUUCUCCAGAGACGGUGAAGUGCUGGCGGAGUUUGUUAAGGGCGACAUGUACCUGCGUGACAUGCACAAUACCAAAGGCCACAUUUCCGAGAUCACUACUGGGACAUGGCAUCCUACCAACCGUAACCUCUGCGUGACGGCAGGGACGGAUAGCACGUUGCGCAUUUGGGACCUUAACACGCCCCGUACCCAGAAGGAGGUCAUUGUCCAUAAGUCGAAAGCUGCAGGCUCAGCAGGCAGGUCACGAAUGACGGCCGUGGCAUGGGGUUCACCGCUGCAAGGCGGAAGCAACAUCCUUAUCUCAGCGGCUUUUGAUGGCAGCCUGAUCAUGUGGAGUGGCGAGGGACCGUAUGCGCGACCUGCAGCAGAAGUUCGCGACGCACAUACUGCAGGCACAUGGACCAGCGGUCUCGACAUCAGCGCAGAUGGCAGGCUUGUUGUGACCAGAGGUGGCGAUGAUACAAUCAAGCUUUGGGACACUCGCAAAUUCAAGCAGCCAGUCACUACCGUUGCGCAUGCAUCAAGCUCCGCACAAUAUCCGACCGCCAACAUCCGCUUUUCGCCAAACUCGACGAAUGUCAUCACCGGGUCGGAAACGGGCCAUCUCCACAUCUUGAACCCUGCGACUCUCAAACCGGAGCUGGUCACACCAGUCACAUCCGGAUCACCCUUAGUAACAGUCCUCUGGCAUCCGAAGCUCAAUCAGAUCGUCACCGGCUCAGCCAACGCCGAAGUCCACGUCCUCUACAACCCAAACACAUCCAUCGCCGGCGCCAAAGCCGUAAUGUCACGCGCACCAAAGCGGCGUCACAUCGAUGACGACCCGAACCUCACAACUGACCUCGCGAACGGCAUCUCCAACGACUCGGUCAUUGUACCUGGUGGCACCGUGCCGUCAUCUGUCAGCUACGCCAGUCGCCAUCCCACAGUCGGUCUCACAGCUUCUGGGCGAAGUAGAGAUCCAAGACGCCCGCACGUGCCUGUAGCAACUCCGUUCGCGAAGAGCAAUCCGGACGAGGAGUAUGUGCGCAGUCAGAUCCCGCUGUCGAGUUUGCGGGAUGAGGAUCCGAGGGAGGCGUUGCUCAGGUAUGCGGACAAGGCGAAGAACGAUCCGUUGUUUACGAAUGCGUGGAAGACUACGCAGCCGAAGACGAUAUACAGGGAGCUAAGUGAUGAAGAGGAAGAAAAGGAUGGUCCCGAGGCGAAGAAGGCGAAGCACUAGCGGGUGUCUUUGUUUGCUAUUAGCUGUGUUGCCAUUGGUCUAGCAAAGCGCGGUGGGACAGUCGACUCACGGUUACGCUGAUGGUAUAGAGAAAUCCAGCCACCAUUGGUUAGGAAGAACUGUUUCAGAUCGAACCAAUAUAGCAUGCAACCGGUUUUCAUUAAUCUCUCAAAGCUGGAGUGAUAACCAGCAUGUGAGAUGGGAGACGUCUACGAAUGACUAGAUCUCAGCUAUCGAGAUUGUUCCGUCAAUAUCCUGUAGAAGGCCUCAAGUUCGUCUGGCU